AUGGCCAAUAUCAAGGCCCAGAGCUCAUACCACAGUCAUCCCCCCAAGAAACGAUCUCGCAUCGAUAGCGACCUUGAAGACUCACACUCAUUCAAAGACUCAGAUUCAGCCAACACCCAAGAGGACGAAGAAGAAGAAGAAGAAGAUGAUGAUGAUGAUGAUGGAGGAGAAGAAGCACACGCUUCCCCUUCCCUUUCCUCUUCCACCCACCAGAAAUCACCAUCAACCUCCCGACACCAUUACCACCGCCUCCUGGUCACAAGCAGCGGCCCAAACUACAACCCCAUGAUCGCCCUCUGCGACCAAACCGCGAUCCUCGCUCUUGCCGCCGCUCGCGAUCCGUCCACCAUUGGCAAACUGCUCCAGCAAAAGUACGACGCAGCAUGGGCUCGCCUGCGGCGUAACAGUCGCAUCAUCAACUUUGACAAUUACUACCAAAGGGUCGAAGGCUUGCUUUCUUCCCUCCCGCGAGAUCUGGACCCUUCUGAAUCAACAAGGACCCACAUGAGACAAGCCUGCACCACAAUCGAUCGGAUUUUUGACUCUAUCCACCAGCAAGUCGAUAACGAGUCGAAACUGGAAUCCAAAAUUAGUGCGGCUCGGACUAUGCAGAGAAUCCUGCGUCGCUUGUUGAUAUAUUCAGUCAAUUCUGGUAAUAUCAUUCCGGAGGAGUUUUCCGGCAACGGCCACCUGGGUAGGCUAGGACUAGAUGGCAAGAUGUUCAUGUUGAUCGAUGGCAAGUUUGAUCAUAAGAAACACGAAAUCAAGCGGAUGACGGCGCGCGAGGACGCAUGGGGUGGUUCGGAUUGGGUAGAGAGAGUAAAGGAGCUGGUAAGCCUGUCGUCGCGCGGGGGUGAGGUGUUCAAGACGUUGGCCCGGGUGUUGGAGGUGGUAGAAAAGGAUGCGUAUAAUCCCGCGACGGAUUAUGAUUCUUACGGAAGGCCUACUUUCUGA